AAACCUCGGGUGCAUCAGAAGAAACUUCCAAAAAGUUCCAAUGGAUCCUCCUCACUCAGAUCCCAUAAUCGAAGAACCACAAGUUCCUACCUCGCUUCCCGAAGACUCUAUCGCAACCCCUCUCCCCUCUGAACUCAACGAUUCGGCACCACCACACGAUCCCUCCGCUGCAAUCGAAGAACAGCCUAACAACGCCGAUUCGGAGAAACCGGAUCCCGAUCAACCCGGAUCCGACUUAAAAAUCGAAUCCGACUCAGACGCUCCCACCGCUUCCUCCUCCGACAACCCUAAAUCCCCCAAAUCAGAAUCCGCCCCCGCGCAAAACGGCGCCGUAAUAGAAGAAGAAGACGAAGUGGACGAAGAAGAGGAAGACGAGCCACCGACCAAGAAACAGAAACCGCUCGAUUCUCUCAAUCCUCUCGCCGUGAAGAACGAGGAGGAGCCGGGGCCACCAUCUUCGACUCCGAUCGUAACCGCCACGACGACCAAAAAAUCGAAAUCGAAGAAGAAGAACAACAACGUAUGGGUGACGAAGAGCACACGCAAAGGAAAAAAGAAGAGCAAAGCCACCAACACGCCGAGCUCAGCCGCCGUGGACGACAAAGUCCUCAUCACGCCGGUCCCGAGGUUCCCCGAUAAGGGAGACGACACGCCCGACUCCGUAAUCCGCCUCUCGAAGGUCUACAAGGCCGAGAAAGUCGAGGUGAGCGAGGACAGGCUCACCGCGGGGAGCAGCAAAGGGUACAGGAUGGUGAGGGCCACGAGGGGAGUCGUGGAGGGAGCUUGGUACUUUGAGAUUAGGGUUGUGAGCUUGGGGGAGACGGGGCAUACGAGGCUUGGGUGGUCGACUGAUAAGGGAGAUUUGCAGGCUCCUGUUGGGUACGAUGGGAAUAGUUUUGGGUUUAGGGAUGUUGAUGGGUGUAAGAUACAUAAGGCUGUGAGGGAGGAGUAUGCUGAGGGAGGGUAUAAGGAGGGUGAUGUUAUUGGGUUUUAUAUAAACUUGCCUGAUGGUGAAGCUUUUGCUCCUAAGCCGCCUCGUUAUGUGUGGUAUAAAGGGCAGAGGUAUGUGUGUGCGCCUGAUACUAAAGAGGAGCCUCCUAAAGUUGUUCCAGGUAGUGAAAUAUCGUUCUUCAAAAAUGGUGUAUGUCAGGGAGUUGCUUUCAAAGAUCUUUUUGGUGGUCGUUACUACCCUGCUGCUUCAAUGUACACUCUUCCCGACCAGCCAAACUGUGUUGUGAAGUUCAAUUUUGGCCCUGAAUUCGAGUUUUACCCUGAGGAUUUUGGUGAGCGUGCAACCCCGAGGCCCAUGUGGGAGGUUCCGUAUCAUGGAUUCAAUGGUAAACCUGAAAAUGAUGGUUCUGAUGAUACGAAGAGUUAGGUAGAACAAGCAGGCGUUAUCUUUAACAUUUUUAACAUAGUUUUUUUAUUUAAAAUCUAGUCAUUGGUUCAGAUACGAUUGUAUGAGUAGCAAAUGAUACUCUGGAAACUAGCAUUUUUCUUACUUUCAGAACUUUAUGUUCUUUCUGGAUUAGCCAUAUUCGUCAAAAGUUAUUGGUUGUUCA